AGAGGUUAGCGAAGGCCUAUCCUUCUCGUCUUCUCCAUCCGAUUUCCUCUCGCACAGCCAGAGGGCAGAAAACUGAAGGUGGAGGAAAAAUGGCGACCACAAAUUUCCUCCAAUUCCCGCUCCUCCCCGCCGCCCACCUCCGGCCACCAUCCUCCUCCUCUUCUCUAUCCACUCUUCUCUUCCCCUCUCUCAGAUCGCAUCCCUCCGUCGUCUCAAUCCCUUUUCCAACCUCUACUUUCCUCCACAUCCCUUACCAUGCUUCGCCAAGGCUCUUUGUCAUGGCGAAGUCACCAAAAAGCGACAGCUCCGAGCAGAAAUGGAGCCACGAAGGCUCCGUUACCGAGUCUCUUCCCAAUGGGAUGUUCAGAGUUCGAUUGGAUAACGAAGACCUCAUUCUUGGCUACAUAUCGGGUAAGAUUCGAAAGAAUUUUGUGCGUAUUUUGCCUGGAGAUAGGGUCAGGAUUGAAGUUAGUCGUUAUGACUCUACUAAGGGCCGUAUUGUCUAUAGACUCCGGAGCAGUACUAAGGAUUCAUCUUCAUGAGUUCUGGUUUUCGAUUUUUUUUUUUCUUUUUGUUCGGAAUGUUCUUGGUUUUGUGAAGUAGUGUACAUUUAUCCCUCUUUUUUAUGUUUUUUAGCAUGUACAACAACGACAAAUAUAUUUUACUUGAGCUCUUUGUUUUAGUGAUUUGUACUUGUGAAUGAAUCUCUAGGAAGUACCAGAGCUCAGGUCUUAUGUCUUGUAAUUGUUUUCAACUACAGAAAGAGGAGAAUUUAGCUUUUCCAGUUUGAUUUGA